ACCGAGCAAUUGAGCAUCUUUAAAGGCCCGCAAGCCCAUUGUUUUCGCGCUGCAUCCGUCCUGCCUAUAAUUCUGAUUCACUUGAAGCCAUCGCGGAAAAAGCAAGCAUCAAAGUUGCGCUAGAACAAAACUAUCAUGCCCAUCCGAAGCGAAUGGAGCCUCGCGCGUGAAGGCGUCACCGGCGAUACCAUCGGACGGCUUCUUAAGCUCACGGUGCUGAAUCCGUUAUUUACUCUGCCAUUAUUCCUGGCAGGAAAAUACACAAUUGAUGGCGGUCGCGUUGCUGCGGGCCAUGCGACCGCGUUCAAGCACUUGAAGACGCUCCUCGUGCUAGGAUUGCUCGACAAAGUCAGCGCGUGGCUCGACAACGCCGUCACGAACAACUGGACGAGCGACACGUACGUCUGGAGCCAGGAAGUUGUCGUCGUGACCGGCGGAAGCGAUGGCAUUGGCAAGAUAGUCGUGCACCUGCUCGCAGAGAAGGGCAUCAAGGUCGCAGUGCUGGACGUGCAGGACCUCACAUAUGAAGCGCCCCCCUUGGUCCACUUCUUCAAGUGCGACCUCUCCUCGCCCUCGUCCAUCGCAGACGCCGCGUCAUCCAUCCGCUCCACGCUCGGUAACCCGACAAUUGUCAUCAACAACGCCGGCGUCGCGCGCGGCAAGACAAUCCUCGACACGACCGAGAAGGACAUCAACCUGACCUUCAGAGUCAACACGUUCGCGCACUUCUACCUGGCGCAGCAAUUCCUGCCCUCCAUGGUACAGAGCAACCACGGGAUGAUCGUGACCGUCGCCUCUCUAGCCGGCUAUGUGACCGCGCCCUCGAUGGUCGACUACGCAGCGAGCAAAUCCGCCGCCAUUGCGUUCCACGAGGGCCUGUCCGCGGAGCUGGUCACGCACUACAAGGCGCCGAAGGUGCGCACCGUACUGAUGUGCCAGAACUACACUCGGACGAAGCUGUUUGAGGGAUUCGAUAGCAAGGCGCUGUUUGCCGAGACAGUGGCUGAGGAGAUUGUCAAGGCCGUGUUGGGUGGGCGGAGUAGACAUAUGGUGUUGCCGGAGAUGGCCUGGGGUAUUGCACCGAAAUUGAGAAGUUUCCCGUUGUGGAUGCAGUACGGCGCGAGGAAGAGGAUGGAUAACAUGAUGAAGGGUUGGAACGGGAGGCAGGUUGUGCAGCCGAGUGAAGUUGAAGAGAAGAAGGUAGAAGACAGCACCGUGUUGGUUGAUGGAGAGUAGGGGUGUAUGUUGAUCAUCACAGCAAUUCGAUAGGUAUGUACUCAAGCACUCCACUUGAUUUCCACACCGGCAGUGGACCUUGUGUCUCCUUAUGUAUGUAGCGAGUCGUCGCCAAAUUCUAGAAAGUAGUGUGAACAUGUGAAAUGCAUUGGUAUCUCUGUA